AUGUCCUACUUUAAACUUCCGGUUUCGUUGUGCAAGCGUAUUCAGACAGUAAUUACCAGAUACUGGUGGGACAAUACCGAAGGCGUGAAGAAGAUGGCGUGGAUCUCGUGGGAUAGAAUGGCGAAACCGAAGUCGGUAGGAGGACUUGGUAUGAGAGACUUUCUCAAGUUCAAUAAAGCCCUGUUAGCCAAGAUAAGCUGGAGGCUUCUCGAUAAGCCUGAUUGCCUUCUGGGGAAGAUCCUCAAGGGCAAGUACUUCCCGGAAAGUCACAUCCUGCUCGUGGAGGAGGCUUCCUCGAUAUCACAUGGAUGGCGGAGUAUACUUAUAGGUCGCAACUUGCUCUUAAAGAAUCUAGGCUGGGCAGUUGGAGAUGGUCUCUCUAUUAAUAUCUGGCAGGACCCCUGGCUCAGCAUGAGCAAACAAGAACGGCCGAUGGGUCCUCCUACGGAGCAAAGCGCUGAGCUAAGGGUGGCUGACUUGAUGAUCGCAGACACAAGGCAAUGGGACAAGGCCAAAAUCCGCCGUUUGCUCCCAGACUAUGAGGAAAGAAUCCUCUGCUUAAGGUCGAGCAUCUCUGGGGCUCCAGAUAAGCUGUUUUGGCUAGGUACUAAAUCAGGAGACUAUACUUCCAAAUCAGGGUAUUUUGCUGCCAUUGAUGGUGAGGAGUUCGCCCACAAGAUUUGGUUCCUAGCUCCUUUGGCUACUGAUGUGGAUCCUAGAGGAAUAAUAGAUUUAAUGGCCACAUGGCCCACACUCUGUUCCUUAACAUGUCUGCCACCGUCUGGUGUAACUAAUGGUACUCUUGUCCCCUGGAUCCUAUGGACAAUACGGAAAGCACGAAACAAACUCAUAUUUGAAGGUUUCUCCGCAUCUCCUGAAGAGACUCUUUCAUCAGCCAUUGGACUAGCCCGCGAAUGGGCUACUUCCUGCAAAACAGAGCCGCUUAAUCUUCCUGGAAGGAGCCACCAGAGACCUACAGCGCCGGAUGGUGCAGUGAUAGUACAGACCGAUGCGGCUUGGAGCGCAAUUAAUAAUGUCGCAGGUUUAGGUUGGGCAAUUGUGGCACCUGCCCCAACGCAAGCUUUCCAGGAACGGGUAGAGUUCGUCAACUCACCUUUAAUGGCAGAGGGCUUAGCCAUGAGAGAAGCGGUUUUUACCUGUCGCAGGUUGGAGCUCAAAGUCUUGCGGGUUGAAUCGGAUUCAGCCCAGCUGGUCAAGUGUGUCACCUCCUCUUUCCAAGUAGCAGAGCUCCAUAGUGUGGUGUCUGAUAUAUUAUAUGUGGUUGAUAUAUUAUAUGUGGUUGAUGAGUUUGAAUCUAUCUCUUUUGCUUGGAAUCCCUAG